CGGGCCUUCUUCGAACAGCAAGCAUCAGAGCAGGAUAGCAGACGUGCACAACUAGCUUUCGAAGCCUCGCUCGAAACACACCAGCAUGGCGUCCCACAGUGCUGCCGGCCGUCGUCCCACGGCGCUCGUGCAUAUCGCUCUCUUCGUCGCCAUCGCCGCGGUCAUCAUCAACAGCUCCGUCUGUCUUGGAGCCGCCGUCCACGACGCCGCCACCUCAGGCACCGGUGCUCUCGACCCUAACGUCCCUGCUGUUCCGACGCCGGGCGGUGCCGGUCAACCCUACACCGGCCGUGGGUGCCGCACAGUUUAUGGAUGUAAACCACCGGCGGGUAGCCAGCCCUAAUUACAUCCGCGCGCAGACCCCAUCUCCCAGACACAAUGCUUGCGAGGAUCCAUCGAUAUAUGUAAUUGGUUAGCACAAGUUAAUCUACUGUCACGCACCACCUUAUGUACACGGUAAUACCGUCUCGUGAUGUACUUGUACCUACUUAAACUCGAAUAAAUCUGGAUUGUUGCAUGUCUGAAA